AUGGGGAACUACAGCUGUCAUGCGUAUGGAUAUGAAGAACUCUGCCAGACCCAUGUACUGCAGGUGAAUGGUUAGUAAUGGCAUAUACUUUACAUUUCACGGUAAUUUGAUUGUCAGAGUUUAGUUUGGCAUGUGGACACCAGAAUUUAGACCUGACAAAUGUGUUAUAGUUGCAGUGCAAUCAUUGCUGCGUUCAAUGUUAAAUUCAUUUUUUUGUUGUUGGUUUUUGAAUAGAUAACAAAAAGUAAGAUGCUUUUGUGGAUGAGGGACUUUCCAGGGUCAGGACUGGCAAUCUCUGUCUCAACUCCUGUCUCAACCCUUGUCUCAAUCCCUGUCUCAAAUCCUGUCUCAGACUCUCUUGGCAGUAUUCCAAUCACAAAACAUGGCAUUGUUUUCAAGAUGUCCAACAUAUUAUCAUAGAAAGCAAAUCAAGUCUAUACUCAUGGUGUUUUACUAACCAUACUCAAGUGAUUCCACCCUGAGCAUGUAAACUGUUUUAUCUACAGUACAUCAAAUAGCCAGCAGUAAUCAGCACAGAGGGGCUGCUGCAGACACUUAUCAAAACACACUGCUCUACAAAUACAUUUCCAUAAGUAUUUUUUCACUGAGACGACGUGUGAUUACCGAGCCUUCCUCUUCAUUGAGGACCUUGGGAGAGCCAUCUGUACCGUCUGUACUGUAUCAAAUCAAAGAUAACAAUCUCAAUUUCCCGAUCUUUGUUUCAUUGCUCGCACAGAUAUGCAUAGACAAAAAUAGCCUGCAAUGAUUUUCAAUUAACAGGGACAAUAGGCGUGAUUGUGUGUUGUAAGGCAGGAUUUAGGCUAAUUGAAAAACGAUACAGCUGCAUCUGAGAUAUUCAGUUGAAGAGGGAGGGAAAUGUCUGCUUCCUGGAAGGCAAGUUAUCUUCGAAGACAAUUACCAUGUGUUUGUGUUUGGAUAUGAAGUGUUUCACCUGUAAAUAAUGACUGGGGCUGCUCAACAAAGUGGAUUUUCUUGCCUCUUCCAUAAUGUGUGUUCCUUCAGAUUUACCUUCCUUAACUUCCUUCAAUAGUGGUCUUAUUUGGUCUUAUAAACAUUUAUGCUGGACUCUAUUGUAAUGCAGUGCCUGUAGCGUGUAUGUGUGAUUUUGUGUGGUACUGGUGUGAAAUGAAGGCCUUUCUGCCUGCUGUGCCUGUGUAAUUAUACCUCACUGACUCCUCUCUCUUGUGGCUGUGUUUGUCUCUUUGUGUGUGUGUGUGCGUGCGUCUAUGUAUCCAGUUCCCCCAGUGAUCCUCGUCUACCCAGAGACGCAGGCCCAGGAGCCUGGUGUGUCUGCCAGUCUGCACUGCCACGCUGACGGCAUCCCAGACCCCAAGAUCCUGUGGCUGAAGAAUGGCAUGGACCUGCAGCCCAGACCCUCCAAGCAGCUCUCCCUCAUCGGUAAGGAACCAGGCUACUCCUGCCCACACUCACAAGACCGUAUGUGUCCUAAAUGACACUCUAUUGCCUAUGUAGUGCACUGCUUUUGACCAGGGCCCAUUGGGAAUAUAUAUGGAAUAGGCGCACCCUGUUAUUACCAUCACAGCGACUCCUUUUAAGCAGACACACCACUAUGCAGGGAACCAUGGAGGUGUUGCUAUAUUAGGCGUAAUUCUGUGUCACACCCCUCCUGUGUUGCCAAAUCCAAGAUUAGGGUCACCGCUUUGAUUAUUGUUAUUUUGCCGGCCACUGAUUUUAGAAUGGUAAAUAUCCAAUCCAAGCCUUUGAAGAACAUGAUAAAGAAAAAGAUAGAACAACAGUGUGUGAAAAUGAAUUAUACAGCAGCCAGCCAUGUGGGAGAGUUGAACGGGAAUUUCAAUUUCCGAGGGGACACAAGAGAGUGUAUUUUAUGAAGUAACCCUCAUUAGAUGGCAGUUUACAGGCUGUGUGUGGGUCAUUACCUGUGGUAAUAGCCUGUUAUCAGGCUUCAGAUGCAGCUGAAAUAAGGCAGGUUCUGCAAGGUUCAUAUAUACAUUAACAUCCUGCAAUCCAGCUUCACGGAUCUGCCAGCUCUCUCUCUCACAGCCCAGUUGAGAGUUGGCAAAUCCGUGGAGCUGGAUUCCAGGAUGUUAAUUUCAUUGCUAUUUGGGAUAGAUCUGACCAUACCUUUAUAUCUAGUAAUGGUUUAACAGAGUGCUCAAACAUAAGAGUCUACAGAUUGAAGCCGUUUUCCAGAGUUAUACUCUUGGUUUAUUUGGCAGAAUAUUUCAACAUUGGAUCAGUAUAUAGGUAUUCCAACUCAGAAUUAGAUUAGUUUUCCCUCUGGAACUAAGCUAACUAAGGCUAAUGUUGGCCUUGUGGAGCUCACGAAUCCUGCCAGGAUCGGGGAGGCUACAGUACCCACAAAUCCUGCCAGGAUGAGGGGGAGGCUACAGUUCUCACAAAUCCUGCCAGGAUGAGGGGGAGGCUACGAACUCACAAAUCCUGCCAGGAUGAGGGGGAGGCUACCGAAACUCACAAAUCCUGCCAGGAUGAGGGGGAGGCUACAGAACUCACAAUCCUGCCAGGAUGAGGGGGAGGCUACAGUUCUCACAAAUCCUGCCAGGAUGAGGGGGAGGCUACAGUUCUCACAAAUCCUGCCAGGAUGAGGGGGAGGCUACAGUACUCACAAAUCCUGCCAGGAUGAGGGGGAGGCUACAGUAACUCACAAAUCCUGCCAGGAUGAGGGGGAGGCUACAGAACUCACAAAUCCUGCCAGGAUGAGGGGGAGGCUACAGAACUCACAAAUCCUGCCAGGAUGAGGGGGAGGCUACAGUACUCACAAAUCCUGCCAGGAUCCUCUACAUCAGGGGUGUCAAACUCAUUCCAUGGAGGUCCUUGUGUCUGCUGGUUUUUGGUUUUUCCUUUCAAUAAAGAUCUAGACAACCAGGUGAGGGUUCCUUACUGAUCAGUGACCUUAAUUCAUCAAUCAAGUACAAGGGAGGAGCGAAAACCCGCAGACACCACUCGGCUCUCCGUGGAAUGAGUUUGACACGUGUGCUCUACAUUUACAAUGGGAGGGUUCAAUAGGCUCAACUGUUAGGAAUAGGUGCUGUCCAAAGGCCUGACUGCUUAGCCCAACUUGGUUAGCCCAACUGGUGGCGCUGUCCAAGGUUCUGACUGUUUAGCCCAACUGGUGGUGCUGUCCAAGGUUCUGACUGCUUAGCCCAACUGGUGGUGCUGAAUGGACAGCUGCAUUAUCCUCUGUUGUAUGGAAUAAGGACAUAUAUCAGCUCUGUAUAUUUUAUUUCUAUCUGACACAUUCUGAACGAUUUACCUCACUACAACCUCCCACUAAUCCCCUGGCGCCACAAAGAUCUACAAGUCUGAAAAUCCCUGUAUAAACUGUCUGUUCCCUUGUUUUAAAUUUUUUAGUGAGAAAGCAAUGCCUAACUAUUGGCAAAUUCUUAAUUGAGUGGUCAUCCAUUAAAAUUGAUCAAGGCAUAAUUCUGGAUUAGAUGUAAUUCCGACAGUGUCUGGUGUUUAAUGUGGGGCGGGUCACUCUGUACAUCAUCACUUUACUCCCCCCUAAAGAGUAGUUAGAAGAGUGAAUCUGAACACAAACUAUUGUAAAAACAUCACCCAUUUCACUAAAAUUAGGUAGAGUCUAUAAAGUCGACAAACUUGUGUUUUUCAGGUGGUAGAAUUUUCAGUAAAAUCCAUUGAUCUAAAUGAGAAUGAAGAAAAUGUAUAUUGCAUUAUGUGUACAUUGGUGCCUGUAGAAGUUGUUCAUAUUAGCCCAGGGUUUAUCUCAGGCCCUGGCUCCGUCAGGUCUUGUUCAGCACUAUGAAGUUCUCCUCCUCUGCCUCUGCCUGCCAGUCCACAUUUAGGAGAUACGCUUGCAACGUAAGGGUUGUGGGUUCGAUUCCCACGGGGGGCCAGUAUGAAAAAUGUAUGCACUCACUAAUUGUAAGUCACUCUGGAUAAGAGCGUCUGCUAAAUGACUCAAAUGUAAAUAAAAUAGAUCAAGAGAGGGGGAUCAAAGAGGACAGAGAGAGGAAGGGAGAGAUGAGAGGGGGAAGGUGAAAGACUGGCACAAGAUCUUUGACACGGCAUGUGAAAGCAGCUGUCUGACACGGGUGUCCUUCACUCCUGCUGCAGUGUUGUGAAGAUUGCCUUGUUGUGAUCAAGGCAAACACAGCAACAGCGUGAGGGUGAGGAGGGAUGGAUAUGAGCGUGAGAACAUGCCAUAGAUCACAAAGGGCUGCGAGUGCUAGCGUCAGAGAGCUAGGGUUGCCUCUGCUGCCUCUCUCUGAUGUUAGCACUCACUGUGUCCUGAGAUAUAUCACCUUCCCCUGACACUAGAUCUCUGGGAACAGAACAGAGAGGAUUCAGUCAAAGGAUAAUUUGAGGAAGUGUUGUUGUGUUGUCAUCACAAGGGUUCAGGCUUCAAUGGCUUGUGUUAGUGAGAUGUGGAUACAUAGUUAGGUGGCUACUUAGAUUAGCUUUGUUCAUUCAUUUAGAAAAAUACAGUGUAUUGCUAGGUGGGAGGAUGAAACAGCCAUGGGAAAUGUGUACCAGUGUAGAAACGUGGCUGAGCUGAGACUUGUCGUUCAUGCUCCUCUGUAACAGCGAAUGGGAGCGAGCUCCUCAUUGGCAGCGUACGCUAUGAGGACACAGGCGCCUACACCUGCAUUGCUAAGAACGAGGUGGGGGUGGACGAGGACAUAUCGUCUCUGUUUGUGGAGGACUCAGCCAGAAAGACACGUAAGUGA